ACGCUCGUUGUUCCUUCUUUUCAUUUUAGAACGUCGAGCAGUGUGCCACGCGCUCGCUGUCUGUGCUAACUAAAUAGUGACUUUUUAACAACAGUUUGCAAUCAUGACUGAAACUUUGCAGCUUCGUGGUCAGCUUGUAGGGCAUUCUGGCUGGGUAACGCAAAUUGCCACCAACCCGAAAUAUCCGGAUAUGAUCCUGUCUUCAUCGCGAGAUAAGACGUUGAUUGUCUGGAAACUAACCCGUGACGAUGCCAGCUAUGGUAUCCCGCAAAAGCGUUUGUACGGUCAUUCGCACUUCAUCAGUGAUGUUGUCCUAUCAUCCGAUGGAAAUUAUGCUUUGUCCGGUUCGUGGGACAAAACCCUUCGCCUGUGGGAUUUGGCCGCCGGAAAGUCUACUCGCCGUUUUGAAGACCAUACUAAGGAUGUUCUGUCGGUAGCAUUCUCCGUAGACAAUCGGCAGAUUGUCUCAGGAUCGCGUGACAAAACCAUUAAGCUGUGGAAUACAUUGGCCGAGUGCAAAUACACCAUCCAGGAGGAUGGCCAUUCCGAUUGGGUCUCGUGUGUUCGAUUCUCACCAAACCAUACCAAUCCAAUCAUCGUUUCCGCUGGCUGGGAUCGUACCGUGAAGGUCUGGAAUUUGGCCAACUGCAAGCUUAAGAUCGAUCAUUUGGGACACAAUGGAUACCUAAACUCCGUAUCCGUUUCUCCGGAUGGUUCCCUGUGCACAUCCGGUGGUAAGGAUUGCAAGGCUUUCUUGUGGGAUCUAAACGAUGGUAAGCAUCUGCACACCUUGGAGCACAAUGAGGUCAUCAACGCGCUGUGCUUCUCGCCUAAUCGCUACUGGCUGUGCGUCGCUUAUGGCCCAUCGAUUAAGAUCUGGGAUUUAGCAUGCAAAACCAUGGUUGAGGAGCUGAAGCCAUCGAAGGCUGACCCGCCGCAAUGUCUGUCACUGGCCUGGUCCACCGAUGGACAGACCUUAUAUGCUGGAUACUCGGAUAACAUCAUUCGUGUCUGGCAGGUGUCUGUAUCGGCGCGUUAAGAUCGCGAGAAUACUGUAAUUUUGAUCAAUGAAUAAAAGUAUUUGUCGAUAA